CUCAGGCAACAGGACUAUAUCAACUUACAUAAGUGUCUAGUGUUGGAUGCAUGAUGGACCUGACAACUCUGUCAUGCAACCUUGAUGAAUAUGGCAACAUAAUCACCCUAAUAUUUAUUUGAACACCAGUAGAAGAGAUGAAAGUACAACUCUGCUGAGAUGAAAUCUGUAUUGUGGAUGGUGGUGGUUUUAGGGGUUGCUUUAGUAAUUCAUGAAGCUGGAGCUGAUGAUGAAUGCAGCACAGUGACAGCACUGGUAUCGGCAUGUGCCAGCUUCGUGAACUAUGGCACACCAGAUCCGAUUCCUGGUGCACCAUGUUGCAUUGCUAUGACUACCCUAAGUGCUGUAGCUAGCUCCACUGGCGUUCAGACUCGCCAGUCUGUCUGUAGAUGUAUGAUGGAGCUUAUUACUACUUACAACCCAAAUGCUACUGCCAUUGCCACUCUGCCUGGUUUCUGUGGUGUUUCUCUUGGUUUCACCAUUGAACCUAACACUGAUUGUGAAUUUGUCUCGUGACAAAUUGGUGUCUGGAAAGUGAUGCUGAAGAACAAGCACUUAUCUUCACUCUAAUAAAAAAGAGCAACCUUACAGGAACAGCUUGUAUGUUGUUUUUAAUAUAGUUGUCCAAAGGGAAACUAAACAAAGACUUCCUUUAAUGACAAGUAUGAUGUGAAUAAUACUUAAUGAUUGCUCCA